AUGUCUAAAACGAGAUAUGUGCCCCUCGUGAUCCCUUACCCAGAACAGUCUGAUGCUGACAGUGAUAAACGACACUAUAGCUAUGAAUGCAAGACGACGGCACAAGAGCGCCCAUACAUCUCGCGACCUUCGCGAACCCAACAAUUGCAGAACCCCAAAUUAAUCCCCAAACUUUCGACGGAAGUGCCGGGUGAACUGCUACCUACUAAGGGUUUGGCCGAUGAAGUAUUAGCGAAGCGUGAGGAGGAGCGUGGUCGUAAGAAAGACCAUGAUGAAGAUACAGCAGAUCGAUAUGGGCAUUCUCAAAAGCGAGAGCGAUCUAUUUCAUCCCACUCGGCUCAUUCAGUUUCUACGAUAUCCACAACUCGUUCUGCUUCAGCAUCACCUGCUCGUCGGGGUGCGCAAAAUGGACACGAUGCCAAAGACCAACCAACCAAACCCGAAAAAUCACGUAAGCGAAGGUAUAGCGACUCCAGUGAGAGCUAUUCGGGUUCUUCCUAUUCUUCGGAUGUCAAAGAUCGCUCCGGGUCUCAGGAGUGGGCCGAAGACAGGAACAUUCGGCGACGUCGCCGAGAAAGUAGCCCUGAAGAGCGCGGAAGGCAUCGCGAUUCUCGUCGACACCGGGCUCAUCGACGUCAUCCAAGUACGGACAAGAGCCAAAUAACAAAAGAAAGACGUUCCAUGACUCCAGAUACCGGCCAUGCUCGUUCUGAACCAAGGUCAUACCGGGAUCGAGAAGGCCCGUCUAGUCAACCUCAUGCUUCCCAGGCAAGUCGAUCGAAGCGGGAUUCUCGAGCUCGGCCAGAUCAACCUCGGGAACGAAGUCCGAGUCCUUACAGCAAGCGACUUGCUUUGACCCAGUCAAUCGGAAACUAG